AUGGCCUAUAAAACCUUCUUUCUACAAAAAGGCUCGGCUGGGAAUCGCCAGCAAAAUAUGCGCUUCUUCCUGCUGCUCGUUCUCGUGCUCAUCGGCGUUGUAGCCGGCUGCCAACAGUCGCCCUGUCCUGGGGAACCGCUACUACUUACCUGCACGCCGGAAUUGCCAUGCCCGGAAGGGAUGGACUGCCUUCGCCUUGGAGACGAAGAGACGGGCGCAUGCGGCUUUCCUGUUAAAAGCUCACGCACCAAAAAUCUU